AUGCUCGUUGAACUCCGUUUGAUGAUCUACGAACAUCUCAUCGAAGCUGGAGAUCUCGACAUCUUGAGAAUUUCUAAGCUCGUCAAUCAGGAGGCAUUUCCGCUUCUCUCCGAAGUCGCGAUCCUUCGAAUCAACGAACCAUGUCCCACUAUGCUAAGUCGAGUGACCCUCGCUCUCACGGGUAGUGUCACGUUGUGUGGCCUUUUCACCCUGACCCCUCCAGACUACAUCCAACACCUCGACCUGCGCCUCAACAUGGUCCAUUCUCAAGGGUUUUUCAUAAACAUGAAGCUCAUGAAUUGGUCAGUGGCGACAGAAUUACCCGAAAGUCGUGCCAAAUCAAUCUACCAGGUGAUGGAAGAUUUGAUCGGAUUCAAGAUCUUGACGCUGAAGCUCGAGCACCAGGACCACGAUCCUCACCUACUGACGGGGCUUAGACGUGAAUCGGUGAAGUAUGAGAACGGUCUACCGCAUAGCAUCUCUCUGGGGCAUUAUGAGAGGAUAUCCGAGUUUUUCGCAGUGACGCUUGGACCCGCUGAGUCCAACAAGAGUGUCGAUGAGCAUCGUCUUCGACUCUGGCCGAAUGUGUACGACGCUUGA